CCAAGACGAGGAGACAGAGAAGACAAAGAGGGUCGAGAAGGAAAAGGGCAAUGCAAGAAGAAGCUUAAAAAAAUCUAUCUUCUUUUCGCCGAAGUCUGUUCAUGGCGAUGUCGGGAACUUUCCAUUUGAAUUGUGAUUACGUCCCUGGUUGUACACUUUCAGACAGCCGUUGCUUCUUCUCUAACUCUCCUGUUUCAAGAAGAACGCUUGCUAUACUACCUUGGUCUUCCUCUCUCGAUCACAAGAAUGGACGUCUGAAAUCUAUCCGUAAUACUACUUCUUUUGUUUGCCGAGCUAGUUCUGGCGGCUAUAGGAGAAAUCCUGAUUUCUCAAGACUUAAUAAGCAUGGUUCCCGUGGAGGCAACAGGCAAAACGAAGGGAGAGACGAUUUUGAUAUCGAAAGCUCUGACAUGUUGUCUUCAAGAAAUGGACCUUUACUGUCUCUGUCUAACUCCCCCAAAUUCCAAGCUACCUCAUCCCCUGGACCAAGAGAGAAAGAGAUUGUUGAGCUUUUCAGAAAAGUUCAAGCUCAGCUUCGAGCUCGUGCUGCGGCAAAGAAAGAAGAAAAAAAGAUUGAAGAAUCUUCUAAAGGGCAGGGAAAAGAAAGUGAAACUGUUGACUCCCUUCUUAAGCUGCUAAGGAAGCACUCGGGAGAGCAGAGCAAGAAGCAAGUUAGCAAAUUUAGCAACCAGGGAGAUGUACAUGGAGAUACUGUCGACAAACAAGAUCGCAAUGGAAACCUUGCCAAUUCAGCGAACAAGGAUUAUAACUCAUCAUCCUUUUCCAGACCAACAUCAAGCUUCAGAAGAAAGUCGCCAGUACCAAGAUCUAAAUCACCGCCAGCUUACUCUAGCGAGGCAAGUUUUGAUCAGGAAUCAAGUUACAGCGUAACUUGGACCCAGAAGAAGGAUAUAGUGGAGUCGCGUAAUGAGCUUGAGAAUGAGCCUGUGGAUGAGCAUGAGAAGGAGCCUGAGUAUGAGCAUGAACCUGAAAAUGAGUUAGAACCUGAACCUGUGACAACUAUGCUUGCAUCAGAGUCAGAGCAGAAGCCAGAGUCAUCAUCAUUUUUUCAAGAGGAGGAGGAAGAUGAUGAUGAUGUUACUCUAGAGGUGUUAUCAGAUGAUGAUGAUGUUAUUUUAGAUGUGUUAUCAGAUGAUGAAGAGUCUCUCGAUGAUGCUGACGAAGAUAGUGAUGAAGCUGAGGAAGAAGCUGAGGAAGAAGCCGAGGAAGAAGCCGUGGAAGACUUGAGUAAACUGAAGCUGAUGGAACUGAGAGGCAUAGCAAAGUCACGGGGACUAAAAGGGGUUUCAAAGAUGAAGAAAGCCGACCUGGUGGAGUUGCUUGGUAGUAAUUCCAGCUGAUUUGACAGUGAAAGAGACUCAAAUACAGAUGAACCCUUGCUCUAGCAUGCACCACUUGAAAUGAGUUAUUUUCUCUGUUUUUGGUUUGUUUGAAAUUAGUACUGGCGGUGAUGUUCUUGGUUUACUAGGAUAUAAUCUUUUGUCAACUCAGUUUUAACGAGGCAUUAUUUGGUGUUCAAUCAUGGAUUUUCAAAAAUCUAUUACAAACAGGUUGAUAUUUGUUGUU